AGUGACUAAACCUACGAAAACAUGUCGGACCCAGAAGCAACAAAGUCUUUAGGAUGUCUGUUGAAUGGAAUAGCUCAGAAAAUCUAUUUCAACAACAACGAAAUCACAGAAGACCUUCUGAAAGAAAAGUUUUACCCCGAAAUGACGCAGGAGGAGUUUAAUGUUUUAUACGAAAAAACUGAAGGACUUUUAAAGUCUAUUGCAAGAGCAGACAUGGAUCACGCCCAGCUCGAAGCCUUCCUAACAGCUCAGACCAAGAAGCAGGGAGGAGGUGGAAUGAGUGUCGAACAGACUGCGGCCAUAUUUCGCUUCUGGAAAAACCAGCGGGUUCGGGUGAGGGAAAGCCUGCUGGGUCAGAGCCGCUGGGAGCCCAGCCUGAAAGCGCUCUUCUGGAGGGUUGACCUCCAAGUUGUUGACAGCUGUGGGAACACGGACAACAGCCGCCCCGUCGUCCUCAUCGAGAUGGAGCUUGUUAGAGCAGAAAAAAAUGAGUUUCUGUGUCUGGAAUUUGAUGAAGUCAAAGUGGACCAGGUACUGAAGAAGAUGGCAAACAUCCAGGAGAGCAUCAACAGAAUUGUUAACCAUACCUGAAACAUGGAUAACACAGUGGUUGUCUGUGCAUAUUAUCUUGUAAAGUGCAAAUUAUCACUCUUUUCUGUUUGAUCUCCUUGAACAACAUGAUACAGAAAUGGAAGUUUUUUACAGAUGUUUUGGACAUACUGUACUUUACCGUUUACAAUGUAAAUACAUUUUUCUCUUAAGAUGGCAAAAUGUCCAACUUUGGAAAGGGUUAUUAAUUAUAAUAAAGUAACUCUAGAGAAUUUGGCUCCCCAUCCAGCUUUGUGCUGUGACACCACUGUUGUAAUACAAAUGUCAUGGUCAAGGUGGCUUUAAUGUCACAUCAAAAUUCUAAGUGUGAGAGUGUGCCUGUGUAGGUGUAUAUGUAUAUAUAUAGUCAAGUUUAUAUACCAGUCUUUAAAGAAAAAAUUAAUUAAGAAAGAGCAGUAAAAAAUACACUCUAUAAACAGGGCUAGAGCUGGUAUGCCAUGCAUAAAACGUAAGAUGAUGAAGUUGUCCUGCAGCCAAACAAUAUCCACAGUCAUGGCUAUAUACAACAUUAAGAAAUAGGAAUUAAAUAAUAAAAAUCGAUUUAAUGUAAAUCCAUCCAUCCAUCCAUUAUCAAUACCGCUUAUUCCCUGGUCACGGGGGAACUGGAGCCUAUCCCAGUGGUCAACGGGCGAGAAGCAGGGUACACCCUGGACAGUCC